UAUUAUUUUAUAUUUUUGGUGAUUGCGAAACUGUCAAACGGGUCGCAGAUGAGAUGAUUUCAUUUAUUUUUCUUUGAAAUAUUUAUUGUUUUUAAGUUUAUUUCUUCUUUUAGCGAAGUGCCUUUGAAAGACCUAACGGUUUAUACAUAAUUUAGUUGUGUUUGUUAGUGAUUUUGAGUUUAAAACAUGGAAGAUAUAUUUCAGUGGUGUAGGGAAGGAAAUGCAUUACAGGUACGAGUUUGGCUGGAUGAUACGGAACAUGAUAUGAAUCAGGGAGAUGACCAUGGCUUCAGUCCACUCCACUGGGCUUGCAAGGAAGGCCACAUCAAGAUCGUUGAGAUGCUCAUCCGCCGCGGCGCUCGCAUCAACGUCACUAACAUGGGUGACGACACACCACUACAUCUUGCAGCCGCCCAUGGGCACAGGCCGAUUGUGCAGCUGCUGCUACAAAAUCGUGUAGAUGUAAACUUCACGAACGAGCAUGGCAACUCGCCGCUACACUACGCUUGCUUCUGGGGCUACAGUGCGAUCGCCGAGGACUUGUUGAUGGCUGGAGCUCUCGUGUCGUUGGCUAACAAGGAUGGAGACACGCCAUUGGACAAGACUAGGGGACAACUUGUGCAGAGACUGCACGAGCUGGCCACCCAACAGGGACAAGAUCUGAAGAAGAUUCAGUUCAAGGACCAGUCCUGGCUCGGCCUGAAGACGAGGAGCAGGGACGCAACGCUCUCCCGUCAUAAAGGCAUCAACAUCAACGAACUGUCGCUGCAUACCAGAAUCGCUGUUACUCCCUCAGGUGAGACGUGGCGCGGCAGAUGGCAGAAGAACGACAUAGUGGCCAAGAUCCUGGCGGUGCGCGAGUGUACGCCGCGCAUACAGAGAGACUUCAACGAGGAGUUCCCCAAGCUGAGGAUAUUCUCGCAUCCUAACAUAUUGCCUGUUGUGAGUAGUACAAGCAAAUAAUAAUAUUAUGUCCGAAGUAUGGAAUAAGUUCACCUCCUUAUUACGUGAAGUCGUCACCUGG